GAAUGAAAAAUGAAAGUUCUCUUUAUAAUUUUAAUUAUUCUUGGAACUAAUUGUUUGAUAUUUGCCAAAGGAAAACAGUUCUUGCGUUGUGAACUUUGCAAGGAACUUAUUCAAAAAUACAACUUUGACAAGACAUUUCUAUCAAAUUGGAUUUGUAUGAUUGAACAUGAAAGUGGAAGAGAUACCGAAAAAGUGACCAGAAAACCUAAUGGUAGUUCAAGUUAUGGAAUAUUUCAGGUAAACAGUAAGGGAUGGUGUACAAUGGGUCGCAAAGGAGGUAUUUGCAAUGCAAAAUGUGAAGAUUUUCUUAAUGAUAACAUAUCCGAUGAUGUUGUUUGUGCAAAAAAGAUCUAUGCCAGGGAGGGAUUUCAACAUUGGAAUGGUUGGGUUAAAAAUUGUAGAAAACCAGAGAAUCUUUUAGAUUUAAGAGUUAUUUGUGGUAUUGAUGAUUUAUAAA